AUGACCGAAAAACGAACCAUCCGGGGCACACCUGCACCCGAAGACGAGCCUGAUGUAAUCUCAUCCCUGCUCGAAAUUCAAAAAUGCCGAAUUCCGCAGCAAAAGAUGAGAUGGAUUGUUGAAAACCUCCAGUGUCUGGGUUCGGAACAAUCCAAGAAGAGAAAGCGUACCAGAGACGAAGUUGCGAAGCGUGAAACACCUCGUUGGUUCCGGGAAAAUAUCAAUGGCUUCAAGGAAACAGGCUUUGUUGCUCUUUCUUAUACCUGGGAACCUUCGGACCAUGAGCAGCAGGACCCGGAAGAGGAAAAGCAUCUGAUCGAGACAAGGCACGGUCUAGACGCUUGGCCCUCCUCAGUUCGAAACUCUGUUUUAGAAAGAAUUGCACGAUACAUGCAGUGCCACGGUGUCCCGCUCCUCUGGAUUGAUCGACAUAGCAUCCCGCAGAAGAGAAAGUGCAAAGCGGUAUGUCCACACGAAGACUGCAAGGAAAAGCGACACGCUCUCGAUGCAAUGGAUUGGAUUUACUCGCGCAGCGAUCACCCUGUUGCCCUCCUCGGCCGUCCUAUCCAAAGCGAGGAGGAGAUGGAAACUCUAUCAGACAUCUUGCGUGGUGCAAUGGUCAAACGGCAAGCCGGGGGGGCGUUAGCCAGCAAGGCAGAGUACAGCCAAGCACGAAAGAUGUUGGAUCUACUGUACGAAAUCACCAAAGACAAAUGGUGGAGAAGAGCUUGGACGUUCCAGGAGAACUACCGAGCCGGCAUGAAAAUGACGCUUCUUUUACAUCACGCCCCAGGUCUAGAAAAGGCGAAGCGCUCUCUACGCACUGGCAAUAAACCAACAUUUGGUGUAGUACCACGCGAGCUGAGCGUUCAGUCCGUCGAGUUUUCUAAGAGGGCUACAACGUUCUGUUUAGCAUUUAGGCGCCACCACUUCGUCACAAGCGAGGACGAAGAAAAGAUCAAGUAUAUCUUGAAUACUGCUGGAAGAUACAAGCUUCUGCUUCCAGCGUCAAGUUCCAUGUCAGGGAACAUUGUCUCUGACGUUCUGAAUAGAGAGGUCUCUGUGAGGUGGGAUUGUCUAUCCAUCAUCGCUAAUUGUUGUCAAUACGCAACUCGAUUAGACACGACGAGUCUCCAGCAGGGUGGGAAAGACGGCCCGAGUCUUGAAAUUUCGAUAUUGGCACUGCGUCUCCUGAACGGGGAGAUUCUCAAGAAUGAUGAGCCAUCUGAAGGAUUGGGAAGCAUCAUUGAGAAGAUAAAUGAUUUGUUCUUUGAUGAUUUCCAAGCUCCAGAGGUUGUGAAAAACAGGCUUACCUUUAACAAAAGCUGUCGCUUCUUUGAAGUCAAUUUCACUGAAACUGGUAUUGUGACAAGAGGUCAUCUUUGGAAGUUGGGCGAAACACUUAGAGCCCCUCGAUCAUCAACAAGAUUGUCACAGCCAACACAGAAGUGCGAAGGGCAGUUUUCAGACUACGAACGAACACGUCUCAGACAGUUGGCCGAGCUAGUUAGGGCGAAGAAGGGCAGGAAGCAUGCAGAGAUAUACGACGACAUGACAUAUUUCCUCGAGGAAGAUGCUACUAUUGUCGACGAGGAGGAAUCCUUCAGCCUGAGAUACCGAAGAUUGAUGGCCAGAGAAGUAGUGAGGGCCAUGGAUGCAGACCAACCAUUGUCUCUUGGCUAUCUCUGCGACGAGUCAGGCGCGCCUACAACUGCGCGAGCAAUCUUCGUCCGUGACCCAAGGUUUGAUGAAGCGGAUUCGUUCUUGGGCCACGACGAUAAUGGACUUGAGCAUGUUUUUACAUCCCUUUGGUGUGAACAAGAACCUGAUGAAGAGUAUCUCGCAAAUGAUCUGGAUCAUCAUGUAUCUCUUGGUGUUCGCCUCUCCGAUGGUGAUUAUCCUGGGACAAUACGAUUGUAUAGCAAAGAGUGGGUUCUUGGGCUUUGCUUCUUCACAGGUGCUGCAACGUAUGAUGUGUUAUUCCCCUGGCCUAAACUUCUGACAGAAGGAAGCGAUGAGUGA